AUGUUUCUUCCCUUCUCUUCCGACUGGCGUGUAUCCUCUCCCCUUCCCUGCUUGUCCCCCAGCGCUCCUCCUUUCCCCUUCGGGGCGCGCUCCGGCAGCGUCACCGAGAGGCCCACGGGCGCGCCAGCAGGAGGAGCGCGCAGGCCGCUGCGGCAUCCGGCGAGCCAAUUUAUGGGUGGCCGACAAUGUCUUUGUUAUGUCCAGCGCGCACGCCUCGAGGGCGGUGCAGUGCUCUUCGGUUGCCUGAUUGCUGCGACAGCGUAUCUGCAGCACCUGUUCAGCAACAUUGCGUGCGUGCUCUGA